AACUUCACGCGUUAGCUUGUUCAAAAGCCUUGAUUGACAGGCGACAGCAUAGCGUUUAACUGUGAGGUUCUGCGCUACGGUGCCCAAAAGCCACCUUACUUUCUUCUUUUUCUUGUUCUCCAACGACCGAACAUGGCUGCUAUAGCAAAACCAAAUUUGCUUACUCCUCUUCAUUCUUCUUCUCAUCGCAAUGACUAUCCUCUCAUCUCUAGUUCUACCCUUCCCAGGUUUAGAGAUUCUCAUUUAUCUAAGCCUAAUGUAACCCUGAAACGCUCAAGAAAUGCUUCAAUUCUUCCUGUAAUCAGAUCCCAAAACUCUCCUGUAGAUUAUACCCCCGAUGCAAAAUUUUAUAAAGUGGAAGCGAUUCUCAGGCCCUGGCGAAUCCAGCAGGUUUCUUCGAGAGAAAAGGCUCUUCUAAAAAUGGGUAUUCGUGGUGUUACGGUUUCUGAUGUUCGAGGCUUUGGUGCUCAAGGAGGUUCAACAGAGAGACAUGGUGGUUCUGAAUUUUCUGAAGACAAAUUUGUUGCUAAAGUGAAGAUGGAGAUUGUGGUGAGCAAGGACCAGGUGGAAGCAGUAAUAGAUAAGAUAAUUGAGGAAGCAAGGACUGGAGAGAUUGGUGAUGGCAAGAUUUUCUUGGUGCCUGUUUCGGAUGUUAUAAGAGUUCGCACAGGUGAGCGUGGAGAGAAAGCUGAGAGGAUGACAGGAGGACGCGCGGAUAUGUCAGUCACUGCUUUGACCUAAGUUGCAAUACCAACGCUGAUGAUUAGCAUCGCAGCCUUUGGUCCACAGCCUACUUUAAUCACACUGGCUGUCGCCUAUUGUGGAAAUCGAAGCUUAUGAUAAUUGCCAUUUUUUCUAUAUAAAUUAUCUGAUGGUGAAUAAAAAAUAAUUAAGGGAAAAGACUAGUCAUGAAGUUUUCCAUCUUAUCGAAAUUCAGUUAAAUAAAAAGAAUUGAACAGUGAA